GCCGCCGCGCCGUCACGCCGUGACACCGCGCGCCGCUCCUCCACACGUCGAACUGUCACGUGCUCUCCGCCGGAGACCCGCGAGUCGCGAUGACAAUAAGUGACACUGAACUGUUUGUGUUUCGGCUGACGUAGUGCCUGUGCCGCGAUCCUAGUAGCUAUGAUGUGCCCAAUUUCCAAACAAAUUAACACGAAUCCGAUUCGUCGCAAGUUUCAGUCGAUUGAACUUUUGAGUUACUUAAUUUUUAACCCCGCUUAGUUGGUGACCAUGAUGGUUGGCAUGGCUCGCGACGCCGAAAAGUUUUUAUUUACAUUUUUAGUGGCUACCUGGACGAUAGGAAGCUCGGUCACGACGUGUCCGGACGUCUGCAAAAGUGACAACAAUAAAACGUCCUGUUUGCCCUCCUCCUUCAAUAUAACCCUGAAGGAAAACGAGGUAACCCAUGACUUACGAGUGUGUUGUGACGAGGAUCUGGCGAAUAUUUUGCUCUACAAAUUCGCGAAAAUAUACACCGAAGUUUCGGUUCACUACGAAAACUUAUGCAACUCGAGCGUCGUCGUUUUUGAUUUUCCCACGCUAAGUGCUCUCGCAAUUACAUUGGCGAAUAACAGUAUUUCGAAAGUGAUUAUGAACGUACAAUUUUUGAAAGUACGUCAAAUCGAUUUAUCUUAUAAUAGACUACGAUCCUUGAAUAAGGCGCAGUUCGGAGAUUUCGUAAAUUUAAGGCAGCUGAUACUGAGAAAGAACGAAAUACAUAGCAUUGCCGAGGAUAGUUUCGUAGGAUUGACGAAGCUCGAGACUCUCGAUCUCUCCGACAACCGAUUAACAAUAUUGACAAACGUGUUCCUACCGCUGAGCAAUCUUCAGCACCUCAAUAUUAGUAGAAACGAGCUGCAGAAUUUGAGCGACAAUUAUUUCAAUAACUGGGUUCUGCAACACCUGGACAUUUCACACAACGAGUUGCGGACGGUGGCGCCGGCCGCGCUGCAGCACCUGCCCAACCUCGCGCGCCUGCUGAUAGCGGACAACCCGCACCUGGGGAUCGCGCGGCUGGACACGCAGCUACUGGUCGGCACGGGGCGUCGGCUCCAGCAGAUCGACGCCUCCCGGACGGGACUCUCCAAGGUCCCCGAAGCGUUCACGCAUUCGGUUCGCUUCCUGUCUCUGGUCGGCAACAACAUCACGGCGAUACGCUGCGGGGACCUCGACAGCUAUCCUCUGCUCCAAUCGCUGGACUUUUCGGAAAAUAAGAUUUCCUCGAUUGAGGACGAUUCUCUGGGGCGCCUGGAGAUGCUUCUGUUUCUAAACGUAAACAAAAAUUACCUCGGCGCCGUACCGAAAUCACUGCCGGACGAGCUGAAGUACCUGUCUUUCAACGAUAACUUAAUAAAAAAUCUAUCGAUACUGGAUUUCAAAAAUCUACCGAACCUCAAAAUUUUACUGAUCAAAAACAAUCUGAUAAGCUACAUCGAGGACCACGUGUUCGACGAUUUACUGUCUCUGGAAAUGUUAGAUCUCUCGAACAACCCCAUAAGGACCCUGUCGUCGAAUACGUUCGACGGGCCGCUGUCGCUACGCGACUUGAGACUUUGCUUUCUCAAUGUUUCCAUGCCGGGGGCGGACGGCUCGUUCCCCAUGUCGUCGCCUGAAAGCGUACAGAUGCUGCACCUCAAGUCUAGUCCGGGGCUCGCCCGCCUGCUGCUCGCCGACUCGGCGGCGCUCGCCGCCUUCUCGCGUUUGCAGUAUCUAGAUCUAAGAAUGAACAAUAUAAGCGAGGUACGAAACGACCUCCUAUUUUAUCUAGUCCAGCUGAAGACGUUGCGUCUGCACGGGAAUCGAUUGAAUUGCACCAACGAGACCUGGCUCACCGACUGGAUGAACUGGAACAGAAACUCGUCGAACGACGAAACGUGCUACUACUCGACGCCCGAGGCCAAAUUAGAGAUGAGCAAGUACAACUGUACGUUUCCCGAGACGUUCACCAUAAGCGAGAGUCUGCCCCCGGUCAACCUGUACAGCACCGAGAUGAUAAAUAAGUUGCUUAGGUACUACGGAUACUUGUACAACAAAACAGAGAAGUCGCCGCCGAAAAGAAGCAACGACAUUCAGACUGCCGCGACGAAUCAAAACAAAAAUUCAUACGAAAAUUUUACGUCGUCCGGGGAGCAAGUAAAAGAUAGAAGAAAGAUAAAUAUCGGAAACGAUUCGAACGAAAUAAACUUUUCUAAUAAACCUUCAUUUGGUGGGACGCAGUUGCGCAAAAAGAGCGCCUCGUUUUAUGAAUCUAUAAAUAAGCGACCGCUAGAUAGUAGAAAAAGUUCCGCUACUCGAGUCGAAAAUAACAAUAACAUAAAAACGGGCGUCGACUCUUACGUACCUUUCGUUAGAGCAAAGUUAAACAUAGACGGCGUCGAUCGUGUCACGCAACCGAAGAGUACAGAUGCACCGAUACUCGUCCCAGAAAAAAAAAGCAACUUCGAGGAGAACCAAAACGCGCCUACCGAGAACGCUUAUACCAACAACAACCUCCUAGAGUACUCCCCAUACCAGUCGAUCAGGUCGAAGUACGCGGAGUACACUAUCACCAUCGGCGUCGUUUCCCUCCUGGUGACCGCUGUGGGCCUGUGGGUGGGCUUCCGAUUGCACUUCAAGCGGCGGAGAGCGCAAGAAAUAAACUCGAGCAUAGAGGACCAGAUAGAGGUGUCCAACAUCUCAGGGGGAGUGCUGUGGUGACAUUUCCGAGCAGCUGACCCUACGCCUUUUGAAUAUGACUCACUUCUGACGUAGCGCUAAUUGAAAGGCGGUCGGCUGCGGGGGAGGCGGCAAUUGUGAUAUACAUGACGUACAUAUUUUUAUAUGAUAUAAGUACAAAUUGAGAUAUAUACUGUCUAGCUUUGGCUGUAGUUAGCGAGUGUAAAUAUUGUAAAUAAUCAUGGUUUAAUAUAUAAUAGUUUAACUGAUACGUCUCAUUUAUAUCUUUUUUUAUGUUACUUAUAUGAAGCAAUCUUAAGAUUACAGAUCGAGGAGGUAAUAAAAUUUUACCACCGGAUAUAAAACGAGAACAAAACGUAUUCUUGAUUGUAAACUUAAAAACAGUGUAUAAAAUAUAUAUAUUGGUGAAAUUGACAGCUACUCAAAGAUUUUGACUAUUUUUACCUUUACCUAAAAU